GCAAACCAGUGAGCCAAAUGGAAACUCACUGAGCCUGCAAUUCAGAGGUAUUAAAAUAUUUUUUUAUUUGGAGAGAGAGGGGGGAGUAGAGAGGGACAGAAACUCAGAUUAAAUCAUCUUUGGCUUUCCUGCUCAAGACAACUGGCUACUGAGAGAAAGAGACAGAGAGAGAGACAGAGAGAGAGAGAGAGAGAGAGAGGCUCACACAUACUGACUGAGAUACAGUGGGGUUGGGGAGAGCGCAGAUUCAUCCUGUAGAGAUCUCCCCACAGCCUCAGAGAGAGAAAAGGAGGAAUAUUUAAAAAAGAGAGAAAUACAGAAUGGGAAACACAUAUGUUUUAAGGGGAGAGAGAGGAAGGAUGAUUUAUUGUGGAGCAAGCCAUUGACAAAGCGAGACAAAGACAAGCUGACUGAACAUUCCUGGAGAAAAACAACUCUGAAAAGAUUGUGGGAUAGGAAAAGAGGGACAGAAGGAAAGAGGACGGAUCGAGAGAUGCAUGCAGUCAACCGUACUCAUUCGAUGGUCUCCUUAGUGUGUACAGAGCCAUGCCCAGUACACCUGUCGCCACAAUGUGACAGCGACCGUCUGACCACGGAGACCAUCACCUAGACAGUCCACAACACUUUAGAUUCCUAUGACAUUGUAACCUGGCAACAGCAGAUACCUACAGCGCUGUAACUUGGCAACAACACUUGAGUCACCUCAAUCGAAUUGCCACCACUGAAUCGACUCCUCUGAAUCAACUCCUCUCUGCUGUGAGGAUGCUGAGGGUGUCAAUGGUCCUACUGCAGAGGCAGCUGGUCCUGUGUGUGUGGGUGUGUGUGUCCAGUGCACUAGUGGUCCAUUCCCUGCCAUGGAGCGUCUCCUGCCCGGCAGGGUGUGUGUGUCAGAUCAAGCCCUGGUUUUCCCCCCAGUCAUUGUCCUGCGAGGUUCCAACUGUGGACUGUAACAACCUGUUCCUGACCCAGCUCCCCUCCCCUCUCCCCCUAGACACACACACCCUCUGUCUGCAGAGUAACCUGCUGUCUGCCAUGGAGACACCACUGUUACAGACACUCCCCAACCUCACAGAGCUGGAUCUGUCUCAGAACCGCUUCAGCAGUGUUAGGACACUAACCUCAACCCAGCCCCAGACUCCCUCCCUGCGCUCCCUACUCUCCUUGCACAUGGAGGAGAACCAGCUCCGGUCCCUGCCCCCUGCCGCCUUCUCUUCCCUGCCUGCCCUACAGGAGCUCUUCCUCAGCCACAACCAGCUGGCCUCCCUGGCUCCUAGAGCCUUCUCUGGCUUGGGCUCCCUGCUGCGCCUGCACCUCAACAACAACCACCUGACCUCAAUUGACCCCCUCUGGUUCACCACCCUGCCCUGCCUCCAGGUGCUGAUGCUGGGGGGAAACCCAGUGGAGGUCCUCCCUGAACGGGGCUUCCAGGCGCUGGCGUCUCUACGCAGCCUGGUGCUGGGGGGCAUGGGGCUGAAAGGGUUGCCUGAGAGGGCCCUGGAGGGGCUGGACAGCCUGGAGAGCCUGUCCUUCUACGACAACCUCCUCACCACUGUCCCCACACAGGCUCUGAGGAGGCUCCCAGGCCUGAAGUUCCUGGACCUGAAUAAGAACCGUCUGAGUCUGGUUCAGACAGGGGACUUCAGGGACCUGGUCCACCUGACAGAGCUGGGUCUGAACAACAUGGAGGAGCUGGUGGCCAUCGAGAGGGCAGCCAUGGAGAACCUGCCUGAGCUCACCAAGUUGGAGAUCACCAACAACCCCCGGCUGUCCUACAUCCACCCCCAGGCCUUCUUCCAGCUGGGCAGGCUCGAGAGCCUGAUGCUGAACUCCAACGCUCUGACUGCUCUGCACCAACACACUGUCCUGUCUCUGCCCAGACUGAGGGAGGUCAGCCUGCACUCCAACCCCCUCCGCUGUGACUGCCUGUUUCGCUGGGUGGCUGAGGAGCACCCUCACACAGAUGCUGACGCACACACAGAUACACAGAUGCCACAGGCUGUGAGGUUUAUCCAGCCCCAGGCCACAUUGUGUUCUGAGCCUCCAGAGCUGAGGGCUCGCAGGGUGAGGGAGGUGUCAAUCACAGAGAUGUCAGCCUCCUGCCUCCCCCUCAUCCCCCCUGGCAUCCUCCCCCCCUACGUGGGGGUGAGAGAGGGGGAGAGGCUGGCCCUGCACUGUCGCGCCCUGGCAGAGCCUCAGCCCACAAUCUACUGGGUCACUCCUUCUGGACAGAGACUGGGAUCAUCCAACAACACCCACAGCCACAAGCCUGCAUCCAGACACUACUCCAAGCCUGCAUCCAGACCCUUCUCCAAGCCUGCAUCCAGACCCUACUCCAAGCCUGCAUCCAGACCCUACUUCAAGCCUCGAUCCAGCCUCAACUCCAAACCUGCAUCCAGACCCUACUCCAAGCCUGCAUCCAGACCCUUCUCCAAGCCUGCAUCCAGACCCUUCUCCAAGCCUGCAUCCAGACCCUUCUCCAAGCCUGCAUCCAGACCCUUCUCCAAGCCUGCAUCCAGACCCUUCUCCAAGCCUGCAUCCAGACCCUUCUCCAAGCCUGCAUCCAGACCCUUCUCCAAGCCUGCAUCCAGACCCUACUCCAAGCCUGCAUCCAGACCCUACUCCAAGCCUGUAUCCAGACCCUACUCCAAGCCUGCAUCCAGACCCUACUCCAAGCCUGCAUCCAGACCCUACUCCAAGCCUAUCUCCAGCCUCAACUCCAAGCCUGCAUCCAGCCAGACAUCCAACUACUCCUCUUACCAUUCCCACUUACCCAGCCCAGCAUCUGGUAAUGCCUCUGUCCUCUUUUCCAGCCUCACUCCUUCCUCUCCCCCCCUCCUCUCCUCCCCUGCCUACCGGCUCCUGCCAGAGGGAACAUUGGAGAUCGUCAUGGUGACAUCCCGGGAUUCGGGUCUGUACACCUGUGUGGCUGAGAACACACUGGGGGCCGACACUCACAGUGUGACUGUAGGGGUGCAGGGGCCAGGGAAGGGGUUGAGGCAACAGAUGUUGGAGGGUAGAGGAUAGGGGUUAAAGAAGAGGGUUUUGAGGGAAGGGAGGUCACAUGAGGGAAAGGGUCAAGACAGCAAGCAUGAGGAGCAGCACACAUAUGAGUAAAGCCUAGCUAUAUAAAUAAUGAAUGAUAUUAUACACAUAACAACAUACACACAUACUUGCAGUACAUCGUUUCCAAAGAUAACAUCGCUUCCAGGGAUGAUUUAUAGGAUAGAUAUGGCUACCACUCUUGGCGGGUUUGCGGUUGUAGGUGGUUGUGAAGCCCAAUCCAGGAGGCACAUGUCCUGCCGCAGUUGGGACAUGUUAGGGCUGAAUCUGGAGAUGCUUGUGGGAGUGGUUGGGAGCAUUGGGGCCUGUAAAUAGGACAUAUGACACAGUGGCAGUACAUACGACAGUGUUGUACAGUCAGAUACGUAAAUAUUUUAUAUAUAUAGUACAUUUGGAAAGUAUUAAGACCCCUUGACUUUUUUCACAUUUUGUUAUGUUACAGCCUUGUUCUAAAAUUGAUGAAACUGUUUUUUUCUCUAAUCAAUCUACACACAAUACUCCAUAAUGACAAAACAAAAACAGCUUUUUAGAAAGUUUUAAAAAGGUAUUAAAACAACAACUGAAAUAUGACAUUUACAUAAGUAUUCAGACCCUUUACUCAGUACUUUGGGGCGACAGGGUAGCCUAGUGGUUAGAGCGUUGAAAGGUUGCAAGUUCGAAUCCCCGAGCUGACAAGGUACAAAUCUGUCGUUCUGCCCCUGAACAGGCAGUUAACCCACUGUUCCUAGGCCGUCAUUGAAAAUAAGAAUUUGUUCUUAACUGACUUGCCUUGUAGAAUAAAGGUAAAAUAAAAAAUAAAAAAAAUUGUUGAAGCACCUACAGCCUUGAGUCUGUAAUUGCUACAAGCUUGGCACACCUGUAUGUGGGGAGUUUCUCCCAUUCUUCUCUGAGAAUUCUCUCAGGCUCUGUUGGGUUGGAUGGGGAGAGUUGCUGCUCAGCUAUUUUCUCUCCAGAGAUAUUCGAUGGGGUUCAAGUCCGGGCCAGGACAUUCAGAGACUUGUCACGAAGCCACUCCUGCAUUGUCUUGGCUGUCUGCUUAGGCUCGUUGUCCUGUUGGAAGGUGAACCUUCACCCCAAUCUGAGUACAUGAGUGCUCUGGAGCAGGUUUUCAUCAAGGAUCUCUCUGUACUUUGCUCCAUUCAUCUUUCCCUCGAUCCAGACUACUCUCCCAGUCCCUGCUGUUGAAAAACAUCCCCGCAGCAUGAUGCUGCCACUAUCAUGCUUCACUGUAGGGAUGGUACAAGGUUUCCUUCAGACGUGAUUCUUGGCAUUCAGGCCAAAGAGUUGGUUUCAUCAGACCAGAGAAUCUUGUUUCUCAUGGCCUGAGAGUCCUUUAGGUGCCUUUUGGCAAACUCCAAGCAGGCUGAGAGAAUCUGCAGAGAAGAAUGGGAGAAACUCCCCAUGUGCCUUAUACUGAGGAGUGACUUUGGUCUGGCCACCAUUAAGGCCUGAUUGGUGGAGUGCUGCAGAGAUGGUUGUCCUUCUGGAAGUUUAUCCCAUCUCUGCAGAGGAACUCUGGUGUCCCCGAUUGCUCAAUUUGGCCAGGCGGUCAGCUCUAGGAAGAGUCUUGGUGGUUCCAAACUUCUUCCCUUUAAGAAUGAUAGAGGCCGCUUUGUUCUUGGGGACUGUCACGUCAACGCUCCAGAUCUGUGCCUUGACACAAUCCUGUCUCAGAGUUCUACGGACAAUUUCUUCAACCUCAUGGCUUGGUUUUUGCUCUGACGUGCACUGUUAACUGUGGGACCUUAUGUAGAAUAUAUUAUCAAAAGUGUCUGUUUUUGUUUUGUCAUUAUGGGGUAUUGUGUAUAGACUGAUGCGGACAUUUUCCACAAAAUGUGGAAAAAGGGAAGGGGUCUGAAUACUUUCCGAGUGCACUGUAUGCAUAGGCCUACACAUUGACAUGGUUUGAGUUUGUAUAAAGAGGACACUCAAACUGUGGUACUUGCCAUAGAGAAAAUAAAUGGACUAUUACAGGAGAGAAGUAUUCUUCACUUACACAAGGGGACAGGCAUUUUCCAAAAAGUGUCAUUUUAUUGUAGCCUAUCCCUGCCUUCUUUGAGGUUUUGUAAAUCUAAGUGGUUAAUGUGACCAGCCCUUUCUCACUCCGCCUAAUUCCAUCGGCUUCCUGUCACCUUGCGUUAUUCUUCUAUCCUAUUGCCUUUACAUAACAUUACCUUGUUUUCCUACCCAGUGUGCCACUUCUCUUUCAAAUAGGAUUGAGAUGUAUUAAAUUCUAUUUUGAGCUAUUAUUAAAAUAAAGUUGGACUGAUUUAUGUU